UCCAUCACCGUUGCGUGGCGCUAGUGAGUAAACCGAAGAGAUGAUGAAGAUGAUGGACCGUCGGCUUUCUCCCGAAUAGCAAAGCGGCUUUACAACUUUUCACUUUUUCCUUUAGUAUUUUAUAUUCAUUCUGAGACAGUUAGCGAGGCUUUAGAUCAAUCUGAGCGUUAAAACUCGAACUGUAACGCUCACAUUAAACACGGCUUUAAUGGUAAUGCAUGCACGGAAACAGCCGAGACUCACUGAUGGGUGUAACGAGCGAAGGGAUUAUCAGUCUUACCAGACCCUCAAGUACCAAUCCAAAAGUCAUUCUGCAAAUGAGCACCGUCAUGACAAGCUCCACAACUCAUCGGACCAAACCCCACCAAGCAAGAUGCUGCGGCGCUCCGACAGUCCGGACAGCAAGCGAGGUGAUGGAGACGGGAGAACCCCUCACGCACACCGACCCAAAGAGAGCAGCACCAGCUCUUCUCCACAUGACAACUCUGUCAAUCACGGCCACCACAGCGCCAACUCUCAUGCACUUCCACCCAAAGGUGCAGAAAUGCGUGAUCCGUCUGACGACUGGUCCGAACACAUCAGCUCGUCAGGAAAGAAAUACUACUACAACUGCAGAACAGAGGUGUCGCAGUGGGAGAAGCCCAAGGACUGGCUGGAGAGGGAGCAGCGACAGAAAGACACCUCUAAGGCCGUUGUGGUCAACAGUUUUCCCAAAGACAGAGAUUACAGACAGGAAGCCAUGCAGGCGGCCGCUGCCAGCGCAGUCACUGCUAUGAAGCCCGCUCCGGCUGAGAAGGCGUCGUCUCAUUGCGCUUUCACUCAGGCGUCCUGCAGCACCUCCGGUGGCUCGAACGUCUCGAGCGCUCCCAGUUCGUCCACGUCGUCUUUGUCUCACUCCUCGGCUCUCCUGCAGGACCCGGCUCUCCUCCGGCAGCUCCUCCCGGCUCUCCAAGCCACGCUGCACAUCAACAACUCCAGCGUGGAUAUGGCCAAGAUCAACGAGGUCCUCACAGCUGCUGUCACCCAAGCUUCCUUACAGUCUAUGCUUCAUAAACUUCUCACUGCUGGACCGUCUGCUUUCAACAUCACUGCUCUGCUUUCCCAAGCCGCUCAGUUGUCCACACAAGCUCAGCAGCCGAGCCAGUCGCCCGUAUCCGUAACUCCAGAUGCCUCGUCGCCCAAGUCCUGCCUCGUGUCUCCCCGAGUGAGCACGCCUCAGACGAACAGCAUGGCCUCGAAGCCUCUCCCGAACUCCAGCUCCUUGCCCGCUCAAAUCAAGGUCAGUGACUCGGCGGUGAAAUCGGUGCUCCAGCAUUCCUCGGACAAAGUGUCAGACGUCGAGGACCCGAGGCUACAAAGACAAAACCAAGGGCCUCAGAGUUCAGGGCCAAACGGGUGCCUGGUGAGUAACAGCGCACCUGCGUGUCCUCCAACCACCUUCAGCCCGUCACUAGCACUGCACUUCAACGAGAAUCUCAUCCGACACGUUCAGAGCUGGCCUUCGGAUCACGUAGAGAAGCAGGCGGCGAGGUUACGUGAGGAGGUCCACAACAUGGGCAGCAUGAACAUGUCUGAGAUCUGUGUGGAGCUGAAAAAGCUGCGCUCUCUGGUGCGAGUGUGUGAGAUCCAGGCCACGCUGAGAGAGCAAAGGAUCCUCUUCUUGAGACAAGAGAUCAAGGAGCUUGAGAAACUGAAGAACCAGAACUCCUUCAUGGUUUGAGAAGAAGCCGUGAUGUCGGUUUAAAGCAGAUGGGACUCAGCAGCUGGCUGCCUUUUUCUGAACCGUGGACCUACAGACUGGACUGCACUGGACUGGACUGGGCUUCUCUCCAAAGCUGGAGAACCAAAAAAAAAAAAAAAGAAAAGAAAAUAAAAAGCUCCCCAAUGGUCACGCUGUUUGUUACACAAAGCCCCAAGGUUCAUUCAUAGAUUCGUUGUUGUACAUACACCUCUAUAUUGAAGAGCAACACACACACACACACACACACACACAAUAGGUCAGCAUGUGGGGAAGGUUCCGGAUCAAAACGGUUUAUUUAGGGUGAUUUAGGAAACAUCUGAGAAGGAACUCUUGGAUAAACUGUGUUAUUAUUUUGCUCCGUAACUUUUGGUUCGCUCACAGGCUCGUCGUUUAGGAUUUUUACAGUCUGCUUUCACAAAGAGCUCGCAUCCGUCGUGGAGACAGUCCGGAUAGAUCUGUCCUAAAUAAACCAAGCCGUUUAUCUGGUCAGAGAGGAUCCUGUCUGAUUACUUGUCAUGUUUAAUGUGCUGCAGUAUGGCCUUGAUGUUUUCUACUAAAAUGUUUUUUUUUGUUUUUUUGUUUUUUUUAUUAAAAGUGUAAUAGGUCAUCUGAGGUCAAAACUUUCCCUUGCGACAUGCUUUUAGAGAAACGUCUGUACACCCUGAAAUUUUCCACACGUUCAGGCGUUCGUUAUGAUUUACGACAGCAUUUGCACUAACUGAUUUGAUAUGAACCCACUUUGUGUAUCGAUCUUUAACCCAACUUAUCCGCUGUAAGUACUUAACGAGGCUCAAUCCAUUAAACCUCAUUUUGCCUCUGU